AUGCUUUAAUUGAGAAAGUAUGCAAUGCCAUAAGAGAGGCUACAGGGCUUACAGUACACGCCUUCCCACUCCUGUAUAACACUGUUACCGGAUUCUAGUCGUGUCAGGACGUGUAAGUGUAUUUUGACUGAGCGGGCAUCACACAACAUUGCUCAAAGUUGGAGAAAGCGACACAAGUUUUCUGUCGGCGUGGUGCCAGCAUCCAACAGGUGAAGCUGCAAAGACACUUGAGAAAACCCCCCAGUCUUGAUGCCCACGCUCCAAACAUGAGUAGUAGUGGGCCCAAAGAACCGUCUUCUCCCCGGGCUAGCACCCCCCAGCCAGCUGCCGAGCCUCAGCAGCACAGGGGUCGAGGUCGCCCACGCAAGCAGCAGCUAGAAGCUGUGGGACCACAGACUCCAAAGCGACCAAGGGGAAGACCCAAAGGCAGCAAGAAUAAAGGCCCUAAAACGACACUUAAGAAAAUCGAACCACCCGCAGGAGAAAGACGGCCACGAGGGCGACCGAGGAAAUGGCUGCAGAUGGUUGAAAAAGGAAGUGAAGAGCAAAAGCCUCACGCGCGAAAAGGGGAAGAAUGACUCAAUGGACCAAGCUCAGCCUCAUUUUCAUCCGGCUGCCUCGGUUUCCUGACAUAACUGACUCUCGACGAAACUACUAAGUCAUUCGCGCAUUGUCUCGAAUUGAUUCACCGUUCGGCAAUUGAGUCACAUGACUGACAGUUGCUUUCCCCAGGUGCCCUCGGAGGAAGAAGAGCCCUCUUCAUCCCAGGAUCAAGGCCAGUAAAGCGAAAAUCGGCAAGAAAAUGACGUGUCGACAGUCACCCCUACCUCGAGGUUUGGCCUGAAGAACACUCUGUUGGCGUGAUUGGGAGAAAAAAUGCAACAUCCCUCUAAAAAUGCUAGUUAAAUCCAAUGAAAAUGGCACUAAAUUGUUUAUUAGUGAAGAUAAGACAUUUCAUACACUGUAUACAUAAAGCAACAAGUGUUGCGACACUCAGGACUUAAUGCCCAUUGCUUUUUUACCAUCACCAUGAAACCUCAGGUACUUGUUUCUUGGUCUCACAAGUAAAUUGUUUUUCUGUGUUGUUGAGCAUUUUCUCUUAGUAUUGAUUGAAAGACCUCACAGAAACCACAGAUACCUCAUAAAAAUGGAUUUGUUGAAAUUGAAAUGUGACAUUGUUCAUUGAAAAUGCAGCAAAUACAAAACCUAAUAAAAUUGCUUUGAUUUUUA